AUGAAAAAAUCUCAACAAAACUCAUCUUAUGAAGAACGUUUACGUGCUUCGUUUAAUAAAUUAAUUGUACCCGAUUGGUAUAAUCAUGAUUAUACGUCUAUGAAUGGUUUACGAAAAACAAAAUCUCACGGACAUGUACCUCGUGCUAAACGAGUGAAUAAGAAUAAUAAUAAUACUAAUAAUGAUGAUACACCUGAUAUAUCGGUUUCAUCUUCGACACAUUCACCUCAUUUGCCGAAUGGUACAUAUCGGCCAUCUUAUCGUCAUCAAUCACCAAGUCGUUCUUGGUCAGAAAAAACUCCCUUGAGACGCGAUUCAACAGCGUCAAGUUAUGAUACAACUACAAGUGUUAUUAAUGGUCGACGUUCGGUAUUAUCAAAUGGCUCAGCAUCGUAUGCACCUGGUCUACAACGUGUUGCUCAAUCAUCGACAUGGUAUAAGCCAAACCAAUUCGCGACAAAACCUACAAAUGGUACUACAAAUGGACACUCACUUGAACCACCGAAACCUCUACCAAGAUAUUCAAAGAUUGACCCCGGACGUAUUAAUUCAUCGGAUUCUUCUUCUUCAUCUUCUUCUUCAACAUCAUCAUCGUUAUCGACGAAAAGUGAUAAUGCUCGACAUCCUAUAAAACCACGUACUAUGGCGCAACCACAAAUCCCAAUAGAAGAAUCUAUUCUUGAUGUAUCAUCCGAAGCCGAUGUGACUAUUGUACCACAAUCACCAACAGAACAAACAAUUGGAAAUUCUGCAUCUACUCAUGUUGUUGAAACAGUCACAACAACAAACAUGUUUCGUACAAAUUCAUUGAGAAGUGUUACAUCUGAAGCUGAAUCCUAUCGGUCUGCUGUUUUACCUUCGACAGAUAAAAAUCUUCUAGGAACAGAUUCAUCAUCGUAUGCAAGUGUCGCUGAACGAUGUCUAUCACCAUCGACAGCAUCGUAUCAUACAGCAAGACUAGACGAUACAUCAUCAUCAUCGUCAUCAAUGACUGGCUACGAAACACCAACACCACAAUUACAUGAUGAGCAUGAGACAUUAUCUUCUCAUAGCUCUCUAUCGGAUUUAAGUCAUGCUGAAACAUUGGAACCCAAUGCUGAAGAUCUCGAUAUUGUUGCCUUAUCUACAGUAGAACAAAAAUCCGACUACAUUCCAUCAGCUGAUGUUGAAAUGGAAAAUUCAUCGUUGCCAUCACUUACGUCGACAUCAUCGAAUACAGGCAGUUUAGCGACAAGUGGUUCACGUCCAAGUGAUAAUCAACAUUGGUAUGAUGGUUCUUUGGAAACAUGCAUUCAUCAAACAGGAUCGAAUCAGAUCGAAUCGUUGAAUAUUCGUGAAAUUUCAAACGAUGAAAUUUUACGUGAAGUUGAUAUAAAUGCUGUUGGCGAUGAAUUUUUCUUAUUUUCUCCUCAUAACAGUGCCGAAAACGAACUGUUAAAUUCGCCGAACGAUGAAAAGCAAAAUGAAAAUAUUCAAAUUUUAAAUCAACAAUCGAAUCGUAUAUUUGCCAUGGAAGAUAAAACCACUAAUAUGCAUAACAGUUUUCUUUAUUCAUCAUCAAAUGAUCCAUUCGAUUUUGACGACGACUACGACGACGAUGACAACAACAAUAAUAAUAAUUCAUCAAUAAUGAUAACAAAUUUAGAUGAUAUAUUAAUCGACGAUAAUGAAAAUGGCGAUUCAACAAAUCAGUUUUUAGGUACAAAUUAUCGUCGUCCAAUACAAGAAGAUAUUUUAUAUGAAGUUGAGCAUGAAAAUAGUCUUUCGGAUCAUAGUCAAAAUACAUCAUCAAUUAUAGCUACUAACGAUACAACAUCAAUCAAAACCGAUAUUAAUACAGAUUAUUUGACAACAACCGAUAGUCCAAGCAUAAAUAAUAAUCUACAAACAUCUAUUAUCGAAAAUGAAAAACCAACAUCUUCUCCAUCAACAACAGCAACAGUUAGUGACAAUACUGUUUUACCAAUCUAUAUUCUUCCACCAUUAUAUACAACAUCAACACAACCAUCGACCUCUCUACAUAUAAACACCAAUGAUACUAUUCCAAAAUGGGAAUCAUCGCUUUGUCAAUAUUCUGAUUUAUCGAGUCCUUCAAUAUAUACACCAAAAAUUCGUCAUCGUCAAUAUUCCGUUGGUUCUUAUUAUGAUCAUAAAACAACAACCGUUACAUUAACGCCAAAUUAUUUUCUCGGUAGUGCUCCUGUUAGUCCAUUAAGUCGAGCGUCAACAACAAGUAGUGAAUCUCAUUAUCAUAUUCAUCAACAUCACAGUCCAACAACCUAUGAUAAUGUUUCAGUAAAUGCAUUACGACGUGUUAAUCCAUUUUUUGAAUCUAAUGCAUAUACAACAAUAAUAGAAACUAAUGAUUCUCAUUCGGCACCAUUAUCGAAUAGAGAAGAUAGAACUCAAAUUAUUACAUUUACAUCACCAACAACAUCAACAGUUGAGAAAACGAUUCCGACAACUGAAAACGAACUCAAACCAACAGUGCCUUCAUCAGUCGUUCCGCCAACUGCAACACGAACAAGUUCAGUAAUAUUUUCACAAUUUGAAGUUCCCAAUACACGUCCGAAACCAAUGGAUGAAAUUCCAGCAUCACGACUUCAAUCCAUUCCAUUUAAACAAGAAUCAUCAUCAUCAUCAUCAAUUCAACACAAUUAUACGUACGAUAGUCCUUCAUUGCCUACUGUAAUCAAAAAGAAGCCAUCAUUAGUUCAUCAAAAUGCUACUUAUGAAAGUUCUACACUACCCUUUCGCCCAUCUCUAUUUGAACAAGAAUCAUCGAUUGUUCGUUCACUACGAAAUCGUCCAGUACCGUUUGUAGAUCAAACAAAAUCAAUUACAGAAGAAUCUUCAACACAACAUAUUUAUCAAGAUAUUGAUUCAACAUUAAAAACUAUAAAUCAGUCACAAGCAAUCAAUGCAGAUUUACAAUUUAUUCGUGGUGCGAUUGAACGCGUUCUUGAUUUUCAUCAUGAUUCAACAUUGGAGACACCGCCAAGCGAAUCGAGUGCACAUUAUGACGAAGUUCUCGAUGAAAAUCUAAAUCCACCAAAGAAAACCUCAGUACAAUAUCCGGCUGUUGAAGCUGUUCAACGUUUUUAUAAUCAUAAAAUUUCGACCGACUUAGAUAAACGAAAUCCUAUUGAACAAGUAACCAAUCUUGAUGAUAUUGUUGUUAGUAGUUCAUCAAUAUCCCAGAAACAGUCGCCUGCUGUACCGGCAAGAAGAAGAGAUCUUACAAAAGUAAUUUUAUCGGGAUCAGAACGUGCAAGUUCCGACGAAGUUGAUGAUACAUUAAAUGAUAUUGAAGAUGCUGAAUAUCAAGAAGAAAAAUUGAAACGCCAAAAAGUCAAUAAUCAUCAUCAUACAGAUUCAAGUACUGAAACAUCACCAUUACGAUCGGCAAAUUCACAAGCAAUAGAACGACGACAACCAUCGAAUCUUACGAAGCGGUCCGUCGUUCCGCCUAUUGAUAUUACAACUGAAAUGGUCAUUGAACAGGAUGACAUCGUUGGCGAUAAUGGUAUAAUUGAUGAUGCAUCGAGCGAUAUGGUGAUUUUCUAUGAUGAUAUUGAGAUCGUUGAACAUUUAUCAUCGUGUUCAUCAGAAUCCGAUUCAGUAUCAUCAUCAUCAUCAUCAUCAUCAUCAUCUCAUCAUUAUUCGAAACCUAAAAAUGCGAGUAUAAUUCAACCACCACCACCUAUUCCGGCACGUACAUUAAAGCCUAGCCAUUUAAUUAAUGAUAACAAUAAUGAACAACAAUCAUCAUCAUCUUCAUCCAACGCUAAAGUAUGUGAAUUAGAUAAAUUUGCAAUACGUAAAAAAUUCGAUAUCAACACUGUUAAUGAUAUGUUGAAUCGUACUGAUAAUAACCUUAGUACAUCAUCCGUAACCCAUCGGCACCCAUCGGCAAGACAUUUUGUUGGCAAAUUAAAUAAUGAUGAUGCAUCAACAGUGAAUACAAAACCAGUUCAACCUGUUAUUAUCAAUGGUCAUGGAAAUGGCAAUGCAUAUAAACGUCCGUCAAUGAAAACUCCGUUUGCAACACUACCAUCGCGUUCAUCAUCGGCUGCAUCGAAAAGUGAAAAACAUCGUUCGAUUAUUGCCGAUACAAAUGCAUUAGUGAAACAUAUACAAAAUUCUCUUAGCAGAAAUUCUUUACACGAUGCACAAACCAAUUCGAAAAGUUUAUCAUCGUCAACAAAAGAUUUACGCGCAUUUGUUUCAUCAACUUAUUCACCUUCGGAUGAAAAUAUCAUUGAUGAUAAUGGUGCUGUUCAUUUAAGGCAACCAACAAAUAAUAAUAAUAAUGAUGACCAAUCGUUUAAACGACAAGCACGUUUAUCGAAAAGUUUUCAUAAUGUUUCAGAAUAUAAAAGUACAGAUCAAUAUCCGAAAAAUAAUACCAUGUCAACGCCAAAAACACUACCAUCAAAAUCAGUCGAGCAUAGUCUUAAUCAAGUUAGUCAAAAUCAAACAAAACCAUCACAUAUACCAUUGAAUUUAACAUCGGUUGUAACACGUACUUCAUCUUCUGCAUUACAAAAUUCAGAUGAGACUACGCGAAUGUUGUCAAUGAAAUGGUAUACAGGCCAAGUGAAUGAAAAUUCCGAGAUAUCCUAUCAUGCACAUCAUACCGAUGCUGAUGAUCUUCUAUACGGUUAUGUUUCAACACAUAGCAAUCGUGAACUACAAGCCUUACUUGCUCGUCUUCAAGCAUCACAUGAUCCUCGUAUACAUGCGGCACUUGAUGAUAUACGUUCACGUGUUGCACAAUUUGAUGCAUCAAAAACUCGCGAGGAUCUACAUGUGUUUAUGAGAUAUCUUGAAUCACGACUACGUGAUUUAAAUAAUAAAAAAUCCUCGUCGAAAACGAUCUUACACGAUGAAAUGACAAAUGGACAUCAACAAUCUGAUAGUGCAUCAGUAAAAAGUCGAUCGACUUCAACGAGCAAUAAUGAUUCGAAUAAAGAAACGUCAUCGUCAUCGCGACAACUUGGUCGGCAACAUCUUCGAUCAUCGACAAGUACCGGAAGUGGAAUAAAUGGCCAUCAACCGAUACCUUCUCGCCGAUCAAGUCAAUCCAGUAAUAAUCAAGAAAAUCCAGUGAUGUUUGAUGAAAUGUUAAAUACUGUAUUAGGUCUUUCGAAAAAAGGAAUAUCAGCAUUACCACAAGCCUAUCCAUAUAAAUACGAGAAACCUGCUCCACUAGUUCAAACACAAUUGACUACAAAUACAACAGCAUUGAAUAAGAAUGGCCGAGAUAUUGGCAAGCGUUUAUUUGAAAGUGGUACAUUCAAAGAUCCACGUUUAAUUUAUGACGGACCGAGAAAGAUAGAGAAGGAAGAAGAACCUCUUGAAACAUCCGUGUGA